GUUCCCGCAGGACGCACGCGAAUAAGAAAUCUUAAAGAGGCAGAGCCGGUUAAGCGUGCAAUUCUGUUCCAGAGAUGAGAAGCGCCGUCGAAAAUUCCCCCAGCCUUAAAAAGAAACGCUAGGAACAUGGACAACUAACGUGGCUCUCUAAAUGAAAGGAGACGAAAAGUUGCAGGCGGUGUAAAACAGCCUGUAUUUUUUUACACGAUCCGCGUUGGGGGAUCUCGAAAGAGGGUGAUGAUCAGCGGCUUUGACUGUGAAAGGCUCCGAUGCUGCGGGAGUUGACAACCGAAGAAAACAGAACAGCCAAGCGGGGAAGAGUGAAAUGUCCGCGCAUCGUUAGCGGUGGAUUACUUGGGAAACGCCGAGAACUUGGUCCGAGGGGUUGACGCCCAGCCGGGGAGUUUUUAAAUGUGAAAAGCGUGCAUGUGGAAGGCAGGAAAGCGAAAGCGGAUUCCGCGGCCCCCGCGACCCUUCGUUGUCUCCGCCUCGUUGCGCCGUCUUCUCGGUCUUUGACCCCCGACGUCUCGUCAGUUUCCCCGUCUCUUUAGUUUCGGGGCGCUCCGGACCCCGAACCCAGCAGAUUAACGCCAGCGGCUAUUGAUAAAUGACACCCGCGGCGCGCAGAAGAUGACCGGAUAGAUUCUUCAAGAAGAGCGGAACUGUAACCAUCAGAACGAUGAGCGCAGGAAACAAUGCGGCUACGAAGAGCCACGGGAACCUUGGCCAGUCCGGCACAGACCAGCGUGGUAAAGCAUCAAGAGAGAGGGUUGAUAAAAGUGUUAAAGGAAAACUCAACAUGCGAUCUCCUGCUGGGCUUUUCAUCGUAUUCGGGCUGUUGAUAGUCGUGGUGGGGAUUGCCAUAGCCGUUGUUGGCUAUUGGCCCCGUAAGCACAACUCCCAGACGUUGGUGAGUCAACAGCAAAGAAACAGUAGUGAGUCAGCCGCCGAGAUUCAGCGCGCAAGGGCGAGGCUUCAGCCCCAACCGGUGCAGAAGAACGAAAAGCUGAAACUAAUUGGCCCGCUGAUCAUGGGCAUUGGGUUAUUCGUGUUCAUCUGCGCCAACACGGUGCUGCACGAAAAUCGCGACAGGGAGACCAGGCUUCUGGCGCGGCAGAAUACUUACCCCGUCGCCGGCCAGAUUGGCAGUGAAGAGAGUAACGAGCCAGAAGGGGGUCGGCACAAUCCUGCUCCGUCCUGCGCCGACGCCGGUUCUGGGUGCUCGGAACUGUGCUGCGCUGCCGAAGGAGGCUGCGGCGCAACCUGUCCUAAACACACUCCGAGCGCAGAAACAUGGGCGGACAGUCGCAAGGCUGCUAGGCGUAACAUGACUGCCCAGCUGCUGCAUCAUAAAAGACCUUCUCCAUCCACCUCCCUUUGUAGUGUGACUUCAGACUCUUGUAACUCCAGUGAGGGAAACCUUAACGUGCCUUUCAGCUGUGGCGAUGACUCUUCAGUUGUUUCUGCCUCAAUAGUAUUACCGGUUAUUAAGCUCAACAACUGCGUCAUUGACACGCCGGUUGCUAAAGCUGCGGUCGAAGAUAUUGAAGUCGGGCAUCCGGCGGUCACGACGUCCACGGAAGAUUUGAGCAAGCUGAAGAGCCACGGGUGCAUUCGGUCCGGGAGCAUCCGCAGUGCCGAUGGGGCUCUUAGCGUAAUCAGUGCGGACCGUCCCUUACAGGAGGACUCCUUCCCCAACAGAUCGAUUGGAGGGCUGCUGUCCCCAGGAGCCGCCAGAAAAGCAUACGCUUCGGACCUGCAGCUCCACACGCUAGGCGGUCACUCCAAGUCCCUCGACCUCGGGAGGAACGUGGACAAGCUCGGCGGCCAGAGGAAAGAACGACAGCACAGGAGCUGGCCACGUUUGGAUUGCAGUUACAUAAAAAAGUACCUGAAGCUGGAAAACAGAGGAGACGGCGUGGACCAAUUACUUGAACAGACUGAACGGGAGUUUGGUGGUGAAGAGCAAAACCUGUAGAAGAAAUUAAUUAAAGAAUAUGGUGGCUGCAUAUUAAAUACAAAGCAAAUGUGAAAUGGUUUAAAAUAUUUGUUGUUAUUUUUUGCGCAUCGGGUGACAUUUUUGCCAUUUCUGUAGCUCAACGCUCAACCCAGCACAGAUGGAAAGCGUGCAAAAGGAGCCGGCUGGAUUCGAACUCAGGACCAUUGGCCUUAAGUCCAGUACAGAUGCCACUACACCACCAUCCAGUCUUAAAAUAUUUAUCCAGACGCAGUUUCUGGUGAUAAAAGGACUGUUGCAGCCAACUGAAAAUAUGAUUAGUAGAUGGGGAACAAUUUGCAAAAAAAAAUAUAUUACUCCUGGUGUGGUUGCUGUAAUAAAUCUUUCUUUUAAUUUUGA